GGCCAAAUUCAGCUCUCAUUCCCUCAGCAGACAUCUUGGAGUGAGGUGCUGCCAGUGUUUCUUCCUCCGUUCAAAAUGGCUGCCCUCGCUGAUUCUGUCCUCGAUGCACUGGUGUACGAGCAUCUAUCGAAAAAAGACAAAACUUUCGCGGCUGUGUUCCAGAAAAAGUUCCAGUCGCCCGUACUGCCGAAGGGAGCGCCUAAGCUCGACGAAAUCGUCAAACACUACCAGUCGACAAAAAAGAAGCUCGUGCUAAACAGUCAACAGAACGCUGAGGCAUCCGACUCGGACGAGGAGGAAGAUUCGGACGAGGAAGAGGAUGAGGAAGAAACCCCUGCGUCAAUGAAAAAGCCGGCCACCAACGGCAAGGCAGCGGUUAACGGUAAGGCUGCUACAAAUGGUGCUGCCGCCAAAAAGCCCCAGCCGGAGGAAGAUGACGAUGAGGAGGAAGACUCCGACGAUGAUGAUGAGGAAGAGGACAGCGAUGAGGAGGAGGAGGAUGAGAAGCCGGCGGCCAAACCGGCAGCUAAGGCCACUCCGGCAAAGGUGACUCCGGUGGUAAAGAAACCUCAGCAGGAGGAAGAGUCGGAAGAUGAGGACGACGAUGAGGAUGAGGAUGAUUCGGACGAGGAGGAGGCCGCACCGAAGCCCCAGCAGCAAAAGCCCGCGGCACAGCAAGCUGGUCAGAAGCGCAAGGCACAAGAAGAGGAAGAGGAGGAUGAGGACGACGAUGAUGAGGAUGACGAUGAGGAGGAAGAGGAAGAAGAAACGCCCAAGCCAGUGUUGCAGAAAGCAAACAACGCCGCCAAGCAUCAGCAGAAGGACCAAAAGGCUAAUGGAAAACCAAUUACCAAUGGUAAACCUACUGCGAAUGGAAAUGGAAAGAAAAUGGACGAAAGUGACUCUAGCGAGGAUGACAGUUCUGAGGAGGAAAGCAAACCCGCACCAAAACAGGCAGCGAAGACGCCGAUCAAAACCCCUGCAAAGGCAGCCACACCAGCUGCUGCUGCCAAGAAGGCGGCAGAGUCUUCGGACGAUAGCUCUGACGAUAGUUCUGAGGAGGAAUCCAAGCCGGCAGCAAAGAAGCCAACACAAGCGGCUACUCCAAAAGCAGCGGCUGCUGCUAAGACACCAGCCAAGGCAGCCACACCAGCUGCUGCUGCAAAGAAGGCGGCAGAAUCUUCGGACGAUAGCUCUGAUGAUAGCUCUGAAGAGGAAUCCAAGCCGGCAGCAAAGAAGCCAGCACAAACGGCCGCUGCCGCUAAGACACCAGCCAAGGCAGUCACACCAGCUGCUGCUGCAAAGAAGGCGGCAGAAUCUUCGGACGAUAGCUCUGAUGAUAGCUCUGAAGAGGAAUCCAAGCCGGCAGCAAAGAAGCCUGCACAAGCAGCCGCUGCCGCUAAGACACCAGCCAAGGCAUCCACACCAGCUGCUGCUGCAAAGAAGGCGGCAGAAUCUUCGGAAGAUAGCUCUGAUGAUAGCUCUGAGGAGGAAUCCAAGCCGGCAGCAAAGAAGCCUGCACAAGCAGCCGCUGCCGCUAAGACACCAGCCAAGGCAUCCACACCAGCUGCUGCUGCAAAGAAGGCGGCAGAAUCUUCGGAAGAUAGCUCUGACGAUAGCUCUGACGAAGAUUCCAAGCCAGCAGCAAAGAAGUCAGCAGUCGCUGCCACUCCAAAAGCCGCGGCUGCUGUUAAGGCACCAGCGAAGGCAGCUACUCCAGCUGCAGCGGCAAAGAAGGCAGCGGAGUCUUCAGAUGAUAGCUCUGACGAUAGUUCUGAAGAAGAAUCCAAGCCGGCAGCCAACAAAUCAGCCGUUGCUGCUACUCCAAAACCAGCGGUGGUGAAGACACCAGCGAAAGCAGCGACACCAGCUGCUGCGGUAAAGAAGGCAUCGGAGUCUUCAGACGAUAGCUCUGACGAUAGCUCUGAAGAGGAAGCAAAACCAGCGGCCAAAAAAACAGCUCUAGCCGCCACACCUAAAGCAGCAGCACCUGCUAAGGCGGCUACUCCAGCAGCAACUAAGAAGCAGCAGGAAGACUCCAGCAGUGAAGAUUCUUCCUCUGAAGAAGAGACCACCAAGAAACCCGUUGCUGCUGCUGUUAAAACACCUGCCAAGGCAGCAGCCGCUGUUAAAACGCCAGCAAAGACGGCAACACCAGCUGCGGCGGCAAAGAAAGCAGCAGAGUCUUCGGACGAUAGCUCGGACGAUAGUUCGGAGGAAGAAUCAACUGCUAAGAAGCCAGCACAAGCGGGAACACCGAAAGCAGCGGCUCCUGCUAACAAGACCCCAGCAAAGGCGCCCGCAACCCCAGCUGGAGGAGCAAAGAAGGCCGACUCGUCGGACGAUAGUUCUGAUGAUAGCUCUGAGGAAGAAUCAAAGCCAACAGCAGUGAAGAAGCCUGCCCAGGCAGCCACACCGAAAGCGGCAGCACCCGCUAAGAAACAGCAGGAGGAAUCGAGCAGUGAAGAAGAUUCUUCCGAGGAAGAAACAACAGUGAAAAAUUCAGCUGUAGCACCGACGAAUGGCGUUGCUGCUGCUAAAAGAAAAGCAGAAUCAUCCGAUGAUUCAGACAGUUCGGAGGACGAAAAUGCAAGGCCGGCAGCAAAGAAGCCUGCUGUUGUAAGCACAUCCACGCCGAAACCUACUGCAAAACCAGCAAAGAAAGAAUCAUCGUCCUCAGAUUCCGAUUCAGACGAUGAAGAUGAUGAUGAUGAUAAACCGGCGGAAAAGUCCCAACAGUCGGCGAGCCAGGCGGGACAGAAACGAAAGCUAGAUAAACAACAGCAGGCCGCAGAUCCGCCAGCGAAGAAACCGCCUAAUCCUUACAGCAAUUUUGUGAGGGCUAGCGACAAUCACGACGAACAGAAUAGCAAGCAGGAGUACGAUACACCGCCAAAUAAGAAGACUUUUGCGAAUCAAAAUGGUAGCGCCAGCAGUGGUUUCGGCAGCGGACGCAAAUCGCAAAGCGGCGGCAGCAAGGAGAUCAAUCGAUUCCGACGCAUCAAGCCAGAGGAGAUACAGAUUGACGAGCGGCUGAUGGAUAAUUCUUACGAAGCAAAGCGCAAUGCUGAAGGCGCAUACGGUGAACGGGCGAACAGGAUUUUAAAGUUCACGAAAGGCAAAUCGUUCCGCCACGAGAAGACGAAAAAGAAGCGAUCUGGAUAUCUCGGUGGUCUUAUCGAUAAAUCAGUUAAUUCUAUCAAGUUCCAGGACUAGAAGGAUACUACAGUGCGUUAGGAAUGUUAUUAUAAUAUUGCAGUAUGUAGUUACUCUUUUCUUAAGCUGAUUAGCUUUUGUGAAGCGUCGACUGCGCUGCAGAGUUCAAGGGAGAGUCGGUUUCUGUCCAAUCGUAUCUCGUUUAGUUUCGAUCCUGUACCGUCAACAAUAUGCGUAACAUUCGUCGUUUGUAAACGUUCAUUUAGCGUUUAGUUGCAGGUCAUAACCGUAAGCAUAUUGAGGAUGUCAAUAUUUAAUUGAUACAUUGUUCGCUAUAUUUGGAUACACUAGUUCGUAAGCAUCCAUGUCAAGAGUAAAUGUGUACGCCUUUUAUUUCUAUUAAAUGGAUAUAUAUUACACACACUACACACUGAUAACCACAAGAAUUUUAUAUUACGUCUAUGGAACCUUUAUACUUGUGUCGUUAUACAGCAGUGAUUGCUGUAUUGAACAAUGAAUGUUUUGACAGAAAUUACACUUUUGAAGUAUUUGAAGACUUCUGAGAACAAUUGUAUUCAUAUAACAAAAUAAAUUAACACAAUAAACUAAACAUAUUUACACCGAGAA